AACCGUGCAGCCUCGAAAGGGGUUUCGCCUCAAAACCCUUCUAAAUCAUGCAAAGGCAAGUUGUAAACUAAAGUUCAGCUGGGCAUCUUCACAAAGAAGUUAUUUCCUUUCCUGGUGCUGAUUCAUUUUGGGUGGCUUUCCAUGAUGGAUGAGGUUCGUGUGGUACCCAGUGGAAAGGUCUACAGGCAAAUCUUUGACGCAGAGGUUCAGCUUGUCCGUACACUGGGUGAAACAAGAAGAAAAUCCCUGUGCCAUGAUAUUCGCUUUGGCAAUGGGAGGAUUCCCAUCGUUCGGAAUUUGGACACACCAGUAGGGUAUAUCCUCUCACAACGUCGACGUUCCUGGAUGGAGGGGUUAAUGAAUGAUGGGUACAUUGAAAAUCCAGUGUUGCGCAGAGAUGCAGUCCUUUCGGCCACAAAAACUAAAGAGGUCGUUGAGCUGAACAAUGCAGUGAUGGAAGUGAAAGGUCUUCCUGAUAUAAUUGUUCCUACAAAAAUAGGCUCCAGCAUUAUUCAGCAGAUGACAGAAAAUAAACAGAAAAGCCAUGAGGCGGCAAUGAUGAAAUUGGAACAAGAACUGAUGAUCAUCAGUAGGGACCUAGAGAAGCGGUUUACUGAAGCUGCAGAGCAGCUACUGCAGUACAUGGAAGAGUCUCACCAAAAUGUUCAUGAACUAUUGUCAAGGAUAGAAGGUGACAGCGAUUUGCCUACCUUGACGUUUGAGAAUCUAAAUGACUUAUGGGAGAGCAUAAGGAAACUCUCACAACUGAGGAGGGAUCGGGUCAAAAAACUUGAUGAAACUUUCAAGGAAUAUGAAAAAGAAAGAGUGAACCAGAUAACAGCAGAAUUUAAGGACUGCAUGAAGACUUUGGAAAAGAUCGCUUAUUUACCAGCAGGUGAUAUUUAUCGACUUAUUGAUAAAGAAGCAAUGCUGGUAAACCAGGCCUUGUUGGCAAAUCGCAGAGCAAUGAGCAAAUUGUAUGUAAAUCUGAUCAAGGCUGACCUGAAGCAAGAGAUAUCAGUUUGGCAGAAAUGGAACACUAAAGUUGAAGACUUGAAAACCUACAAGAAGCAGGACAUUCUUUGGAAAUUAAAAGAUUAUUUAGCAAAGGAUUGGAAAGCUGGUUUGGCAACAGAAGAGGACUUAUUGAGGAAACAACAGCAAGGUCUAAACUGUCAACGGAAGCAGCUUCUUGAGGAGAUAGUAAACAUAAAGCCAUCUGAUUGCAAUAAAAACUCAUUGGAUAUGUGGUAUGAAUCCUUAACUGCCUUGAAUCAAGAAGUAGAUUCACUGCAUAUUCAAUUUAUAGAUAAAUUGCAGACAUAUUAUGAAAAACUCUAUCACGAAUGGAUGACGGAAAUUGAAAAAUGUAAGGAGGAGCUAUUGACUUCCAAGACAUGUACAGAAAAAGAAGCCAAACAGCUGAUGCUCUCUGACUUUCUUCCUCUUCAUGGCAAUUUACAAUGCCGCUUUGAAGAGGAGCUGUUUGCUAUAGAUAAACACAUGGAGAACUUGGCCCAGGAGACAGAGUUUCAUUGCAAGGAGUUGUUUAAUACUUUGAAGAAAGCUGCUUUACUUUGGGAGGAACAUGAAAUGAAUUUAACUAAACUGGAAGACCAGCUGAAAGAACAACUUGAUGACUGUCGCAAGAAACAUGAUAAAGCAAAUCAGGCGAGAGAAGCAAAUCUAGAUCUGCUUAUCGAUCAGCUGAGACAGUGCAACACGCAGCUGGAACUGAAGGCAGACCAUAAGAAGGCCAUCUGCCUGCUGAAUGGAAUCAAAAAGGGAUACGAGAGCUUUUACCAAAAGCAGAUGAAAAUAGUUAGUAAGUACCCGUCCACAUUGAGGAAGGAGCUGCACAGAUUCAGCGCCGCUAUCAGUAAUUAUUUUGGAGUGAUUGAAGUCUAUAAACCGGGUGAAUCAAAGAUAAUAAUAGAACCUUCUAAAGAGGACAAGAAAAUAUUUCUUACUGAAGAUGCCAGGUAUGGCGCUUCUGAGGAUAUUAUGGAUGAAAGUGAUGAGAAUCCAAGUAUAAGGGAAGAACUAUUGCCAAAUCAGUUAAACCUCCUUGAGGAACAAAGUGAAGAAGAAACAGAGCAUUCAGAGGGUGAAUUAAGUCCUCAAAUGUUAGACAUUAGUCUUGAACUUGACCAGAAAUCAAAUAGUUCAAAAGAAAGUAGAAACACCAGUGAUCAGGCAGACUGGGAGUCAUCACCUCAUCCCAGUGAACGUUUUUCUGAGGAUGGGCAUGGGCAGGAAAAGGCUUUCUUCCCUGAAGAAAAAACGGUUGCUCGUCAAGAAACACAUAAUAACAAAAAGGCUGUUCAAUUGAAGUAUUUUGUUACUUCCAAAGGGAACACCUAUUCAGUACUACGUAAAAAGAAGACAAAAUUGAAUACAACAAUGAUUACUAAACUAGGUGAAAAUGAAGAACUAAGGUCCCUUCUAAUCUACACAAAACAUGCUCUUCUUCCUGAAGCAGUGUUUACAGAUUUAGAGCAAAGGAUUCGCUUGAAUUAUUUUGAUCACUUAGAGGACUGGUAUGAUAAAGGUAUGGAAAAUGCCAAAAAUGUUGCUGUGGUCAAGAAGAAAGAGUUUAAAGCAGAGUUGGAACUGCGAACUCACUUGCAUGAGCCCAGAGGAAAACGCAUUAAGAUGGAUGUACUGCAUGUCCGGGCUGCGGAAUUGCGUCUGCACAGUGAGAAAGUGGAACGCCACUGUAAUGGGGUGGAUGAAGCUUUGAAAAAUCUGAAAAAGGAGUUCACAGAAAUUCAAACAGCGCAUUGCAAAUCUCUCUUGGACUUCCGUAACAGUAUAUACAACAUGGAGCAGAUCUUCAAAACGGCAACUAAAUCUGAUAGGCUGGUUAAUCUGGUAAAUUCCCUUAACAGCCAGCAGGAAAAAUAUAUGGACGGUGUAAACAAAUUACUUCGCAACUUCCAACAGAAGCUGGACAAAUCUCUUGGAAAGUUACAAGAUGACAAUACACAUUUUAUUAAAUCAUUGAGGCUAUUUGCAGAAGGUGGCAACUUUACAGCGACAGAAAUUGACACGUACCGCCAGAAGGUGGAGCAGACAACCACAAAGAUUGCCAAAACUGAAGGGACAAUUAUGGUCAAUCUGGAAGUAAUGGGGACCCUAUCCGUACAGCAGUCUUCUGAUGUGAUCAAAGAGGUUGAAGACAAGUAUAUGCGUUACACCUUAGAUUUGAUCUUCAUUGAGAAAAUUAAACGAUUUCUGACAAACACUCAAACAAGAAUCAAAAGUGAGGUGGCCAAAAGCAACCAUCAGCUUGUGAGUGUAGCUUCCCAUCUUGAGCAUUUUGAAAGGAAGAUAGAUGCAUGUUCGCGGCCAAACCUGGACAAAGAGAGUGUGUUGCCUCAGGAUCUAUAUCAGUUUACUAAAAUUAUCAGGGAUCUAAUGGAGAAAUGGGCCAUCUAUCUCAACUGCUUGGUGGAACCAGUUGUAACAGAAGUCCCUCUGCAGGGGCCGAUUGCUACAGCCACUCGUUGUGAUUUUCAGAAACAAGACAGUAAAGUAACCUUCUCUGUCAAUGAGAAUUUGUUUCAGCCCUCCAGAAAAGGACGAAAUGCUGUUGAAGAUGUGGCUGUUGGUGUCAUCAAAGAAAUACUACAGACCCGUAAAUCAAAGGUAGUAACAGAAAUACCGCUUGAGGAAAAUGAUGACCAAAUUAAAGCUGCAGGAUCUCAAAUAUCAUUUGUUUCUGGCUCCCAAAAUGUCCGCUCUGCUGGUGGGUCUUCCAGAGGACAAAAGACUGCGUCAUCAAUACCAAGUGCAAUUAAAUAUACUAAGCCAAACCGCUUUGAUCCAAAGUAUGAAGUUUUUGGUGAAACUGCAGAAGCAUCUGAAUAUUAUAAAGGAGCAAUAACAUAUAUUUUGUGGGAAAGUACCAAUGCCUUACUGGCAGUGGCUGAGGACUAUUACAAAAAGAAAGAACGAACUCCAGUCCACAGGCCAGAGUACCUGAAGGACACAUUUGAACAAUGUGCGGAAGAGGUGAUUCAGAAGAUGCAGUCAUAUCAAUCUCAGGCAAUUGACUAUUACAAUAACAGUCUGCGGGAGUUCAGAGAGCAGCUGCUGUUGUUUGAGCAGUUGCUCCCUGCUGUACCUCACUUCCUAAUGGAAGAAAUCCUUAAAUAUCACUUGGAAUUUAUCACAAGGGCGAUGGCUGAGAAACGCUCCACAUUCAGCAAGAAACAACAGCAGCUGGAGAGUGCCAAGGCUGGAAACAAACACAGAUUGCGGCCAGUUUUAGGUCAUCCCAACAACCUCAAGAUGCUCGAGAGUCUGUGCAAAGAGGAGGAAGAACGACAAGACACUGAUACUACAGAGAUCAUUAGCAAUGCAGAAAGCCUCAAGCAAUGUUUAUAUGAACAUGCCAAGAACUUUGUGUCUGAGCUCUCCUGCCUCUCUGAACAUCUCCUCCUGGAAUUUGACAACUUUCUCACCAUUGAUGAUGUCCAAACUCCUGAUCUGACUGAAUCAAAUGAAAAGACCUUCACUUUGUCUGAACAGAAGCAAGCUGGGCCCCGACUGCAAGGGAAGGAAAAGCACUGCAGGCUUUCUGGCCCAGAGGAUCAAGGUGGCAGGAGCUGGCCAGGGAUUCCAGCCAAUGAACUUCUACAAAUUGAUACCCAGAGUUCCAUCAAGGAAUCUGCAGUAGCAGGAGCUUUGCCUACAGGAACUGCAACUGUAACAACUGCUAAGACAACACUGGCUCAUCUGGCUACAAUGGAGGCAAGAGACGCUGCUUAUUUGAAAUACAAGCAGUACUUUCUACAGGAGAUGUCACAGAUAGAACAGGAGACAAGUGGGCAGCUAAUUAAUGCCCAACGUUGGGCGCAAGGCUGGAAAGACUCGGUGAUGAAUAUAAAGAAGCUGUAUUCCUAG